UCGGUUUUCCUCACCUCAAAACUCAUCAACAUCCCUACACAUAAACCACAAGUCAUCACUAAAGCUCAACCAAAAUAUCCACAUCAUUAUCCUUAACCUUUCAUAUUAUUUUCUUCACUUUCUAAACCCUAAAUACAACACAUACAUUCUUGAAUUAUUAUCAAAUAGUACAUAUGGAGAGGGUAAGCAGAAUGGUGGCUGAAAAGCCAGUAGUGAUCUUCAGCAAGAAUUCUUGUUGCAUGAGCCACACUAUUAAGUCUCUCUUUUGUGACCUUGGUGUUCACCCUGCAGUUCAUGAGCUUGAUGAGAUGCAAAGAGGACGAGAAAUCGAAGCAGCCCUAUCGAGACUCGGUUGUAACCCUACAGUUCCAGCAGUAUUCAUCGGUGGUGAACUUAUUGGUGGUGAAAAUGAAGUCAUGAGUCUUCAUCUUAAACGCUCUUUAAAACCAAUGCUUAAAAGGGCUGGAGCUCUAUGGGUUUAAUUAAUUAAUUAAUUACUAAAUAUAUGUAUUCGACCUCAAUAAUAACAAUAACAAUAAUAAUGCGAUGUUUUUUUUGUUGUGGAAGAAUAAUAUAAGCUAGAAGACUAUAAGUGGACAUUAAUUAGUUACUUUUAGCAACAAAAAAAAAGAAGAAGAAGAAGAGUGCGUUUGUGUACAUGUAAAACGAGUGAGAGUGCGUAGCCUAGUGCUGAAAUUUUCUUUAGCUAAUUACGUACUAUAUAAGUAUGGAGUAUUAAAUAAUGUGUUCACUUAGCUUCUAGUAGCCCGGCUUCUCUUUUUGUUAUGUAAGCUGUGAUCUCUUUUGCGAAUAAAAAAUCUCUGUUUUCAUA